UAUAUUUUUUAUAUGAACAUGCCGAAGUAUGAUAUAAUGACUACUUAAAAAUUUUCGUAGUUCUUUUAAGUGAAAAUAACUCAAUAAACUUUUAUUUCUGUUGUUCAUUAUAUGUCUAACCAUGUAUCUUAAACUUAGGUCUGUUCUUAAUAAGGCUACUUUACUUGUCGAUAGUGAACUAUUUGGUACGAUAAACCGCAAUAUGAAUACUCGUAGAAUUGUGUUUGAAGAAUUUGGAGAUCCUGUUAAAGUCACAAAACUUGUUGAUGAUAAACUACCUGAUUCAAUCGCUCAGGAGGAAGUAAUUGUAAAAAUGUUAUUAGCACCUGUAAAUCCUGCUGAUAUCAAUACAAUACAAGGUGUAUACCCUAUAAAACCUAAACUUCCUAGUAGUCCAGGAAAUGAAGGAGUUGGAGAAGUAAUUUCAGUUGGAUCUAAUGUUACAAAUGUUGUUCCUGGUGAUCGAGUUGUACCCUUACAAACAAAUGGUACUUGGCAAUCGGCUAUUAUUGUAAACUCUUCUAAUCUUAUAAAAGUUGAUAAGGAUAUAGAUUUACAUACAAUUAGUGGUAUUAAAUCUAAUCCAUCUACAGCUUAUCGCAUGCUUAAAGAUUUUGUUUCAUUAAAUGAAGAUGAUGUUGUAAUACAAAAUGGAGCAAAUAGUGCAUGUGGACAAAAUGUUAUACAAUUAGCACAUUAUUUCAAAUAUAAAAAUGUUAAUAUUAUACGUUCAAGACCUCAACCUGACUUAGAAAAUCUAAAAAAUCAUUUAAAAUCAUUAGGUGCUACUUAUGUUUUUACAGAAGAAGAGUUAAGGGUAACAAAUAUUUUUAAAGAUGGAACCUUACCUAAACCAAGACUAGCACUAAAUAGUGUUGGGGGUAAAAGUGCAACUGAGAUUUUACGUAGUUUAGAUAAUGGUGGUAUUAUGGUUACAUAUGGAGGAAUGUCUCGCGAACCUGUGGCUAUACCUACUAGUUUGUUUAUAUUCAAAGAUAUUCAGUUAAAAGGUUUUUGGAUGACUAGAUGGAGUAAACAAAAUAUAGGUUCUGCGGAACAACAACAAAUGUAUCAUGAGCUCUCCCAAUUAAUGAAAAAUGGUUAUUUGGUUGCUCCAACAAACAAGACAGUACCAUUAGGAUCUUUUAAACAAGUUUUACAAAAUUCUGUAUCUACCAAAGGUUUUACUGGAGUUAAAUACUUUUUGGAUUUACAAAAAUAAAAUAUUUCAAUUUGUAUUAAUUAUAAUGGUGUUAUGUAAAUAUUUAUUUUUGUUGUACUUUACAAAGUUUAAAUGUUCAAAUAUUUAAUUCAUUAAUAAUAAAAUAUUAUUCAUUGAGUAA